CGGGCGGAAUGGCGACGCGGUGCUGCAGCGCGAGGUGUUCGGCGGAGCGGAGAGGGUUUCGGCGCGAGCUCGACUCCUGGAGGCAUAAACUUAUUCACUGCGUCGGGUUUGAGAGUAUACUGGAAGGGAUUUAUGGACCAAGACUGCUGCAGGAUCUCAGUAUAUUUGACAAUUGUGAGCCUGAAACAGCUGCGGAUUGGUCAACAGAUGUGCGCUGCUCCUUCUGUAACUUACAGCUUGACAGAAUCAGUGAACUGGACCGCUCGCCUGACUCGCCCCCUCGUGCCGAAACCCCCCCUCAGGGCCUUAACACCUCAGACACACUUCAGUGCCAAGCAGACCGAUUCCUGCAUGCAGUCUUGCACAAAAAAGAAUUCCCUGAGAGCUUCGACCCCAUAAUUCCACUGGCUGCACAGGAGUUGAUGAGGAAAAUGAUUCGCCAGUUUGCUGUCGAAUAUGCGCAUAAAAUCCAGACAGCCGAAAACCAGAAUGUACUCGCUCCCACAGAACCAGACGGACCACUGGACCUUACGCUCAGCCGUAACACUAACUGCGCACAACAAGACGGCGUUUUGGACCUCUCAAAGAAAAACACAUCGUCUCUGGACACACUUGUGCAACAAAGACUAUCAGGCUGUUUGUGGGUGGACAGAGACAAGGACAAGAUGAAGGAAAAAGGGCAGAAGUGGAAGAGUAACGUCCUCGAGGAAGUGAUGACAGCACUUUGUUCUCAUCACAGAGUCCUGCUCUUACACAUCCUCCAAGAAAUGAGAUCGCUCAUCCCGAGGGACGAGCGGGUGCUGACGGUGACUCUGAGGGACAAGCGCCGGACAGGAGCGACUCCCACUGAUGAACGCGGGCCAGUGGCGCAUCCGAGAGCCGAACGUGCUCACUGCUGCCGCACAGAGGAAUCGGUAUGUAUGCUGACUAGCUGUACUGCGAGCAGCCGUUCGUGUAUGUGCAGACUUGCCGUCUGCACGCUCCACUCCAUGUGUGUGAAAAGCUGCGCGCUUGGUUGCGUCUCCGGGGUGGUCCAGGCAAGCUGCCGUGUUCAACGUCAGAUACUUAAACGCCAGCACAGCAGUGAUGUCGCACAUGCCGCGGAGACAUCCACGCCCCCUCUGUCGGUGAAACCAGCAGACGUCGAAUGUAAGCCGGGCUACCAUGAUCUGGAUAUGCACAAGGUGAACAGAUGCUCAGCGAGCGUACAACCUUCAUCGCUUCACCCUCACGAAACUCACUCCAACAAGCCUGAGUGCACAAACACUCCUCAAGAAGAAUCGCACACUCAUCACUCAACCACUGACCAUACUCUGAAGGCCAGCACCUGCACUGAUUACACAGCUGUUGAUCUGGACCAUGCAACGAUGUCCGAAACGGCAACACAUUCUAUACAGACACCCUACGCACACAAUAAGCCUAAACCCUUUUUAGAUUCAAAGGAGCCGUCAAAACAAGAGCCGACUUUGAAAAUGUGUGACGACUCCCACCUGACUGAAAUCAUCACCACUGUCUUACACAGCAGCGAUGACAGAGACUGCGAUCUUAAGCAGCUGUUCGAGCAACACCUGGCCUCUGAGAAACAUUCACCCCUGACUCGCUCUCAGAAACGACAAGUAGUGCAACGGGCCAUAAGUAGGUCACAUGAUCAUCCCACAUCCCGCAGGCAGAGCUUACAGAUUAAACGUGACCUUGCACGACUUGAAUCCUCCACCUGUAAGAGGAAGAGAAAAACUCGAACCGCGAUAAACUCCCAGACUUCGGGCUCGCUAGCGCAAAGCCGACACACAGUCUCGGACACGCUCAGUUUGGACACAAAUAGUGAGGUACACAGUGACAUGCUUCUUCCACAGAUGGGUGAAAUCGUAAAAUCAGAGGCCCAGGCACAGAGCAUUGGACUGGCAAGGUCUCGACGGAACAUCGUCCCGCCACAGCGCUUCGUUUCCUACGUCACCAAGCAAAAGAAAAUGAUCAACACCGCCUCCCUCCUUGAGACUAACACGGCUAAUGUGACCACCACAUCGCCAAACUCUGAAAUGACCAAGCCUUUGCUUAAUGCUACAACAUCUGUUCUAUCAAACAAAAGGGAAGUCUGUGAGGACAAGGACAGUGGACGCACUUAUCCCGAACGAAGUCUGAGAUCACGGACAAGACGCUCAGACAACCCAAGUGCAUUUGGUCAUUCCUCAGAUGACAGCAUCAAGUACAUCAGUCCCAUAAAGCUCAUGCUAGUGUCCUCUGUUAAAGGUGAAAACGGUGUUAAGUAUACACUCCGUGCUGCGCAAGCAAACCCUCACGAAGGAGCAUUUGAUCCGUGCGUAGAGGCAUCAUGGGCGGGAGAUGCAAUCAAAGAAGAGACAGAUGAUGAGGCCGGACAUGAGUGUUCGGAGCAGGCGAGUGAGCGCACCGAUGUUCAGUUAUCUACAGAAGCACCCGCAAACACAGAGGAUUCCAGUGACUCCAGUGUUAACGAUACAGCAUUGACCGUUAAAAGGCGGCCAGGAAGACCCAAAAAAUUCAGACCUCUACCUGAAAAAGCAGCAAAGCGUCCUAUUGGUCGACCACCAAAACCGAAACCCACGACCUCAAGCAAAUGUGGUGAGGAAUCGAAGAAAACAAAAACAGAAGACACAUCUAGUGAAGAGGACAGCAGUAAAAAUCUAAAGAUUACCAUCACAUAUGGAAGGAGGAAAGCCCGAAGAGUGGUGUGUGAAGAUUCAGAAUCGUUACCAACAAAACAAUGCGAUAAUAGAGUACCACAUAGUCCCAGCACAAGCAAGAAUACAAAAUUGCCAUCAAAAGACAACAGUGUAAACAAAGAUCAUGAUCCAUUUGAGUUUAUUUUGGCGAUGCCGAUGGAGGACAGGAACAGUCUACACUCAAACAUCAAAUAUCCGAAGCAAAGUGACAGUACAGAGGCAAGAAGACCAGGAAGACCAGCCAAGCUCAAAAUCUCUGGAAUUUCCAUCACUGUUACCACAGUGUCCCCUCAGCACCGCAAAGUCCACAUGAAAAGAGAAGUGAAGGAAUCACAGGGACGGUCACUUGUAAGUCAGUCUGAACAAUCAGAGGAGGAGGAGGAGACAGGAAGCCAAAAUGAACACGCCUCGUUAGUCCCAGUCAGGUAUUCUAUCAGAGAAAGGCGACCAUCCAUUUAUCUGCUGAACUGCAUCGCUUCUUCACGGUCUGGUGCUUCUAAACACAGGUCACGUAAUCUACCCCUAAACAAAGCUAAUGAACCACCUCAGGAGACUGAGCCUGAAGUGACCAGCGACAGCAACAUACUGACCAACUCCACAAGCAGGGAAAGCCACCUACAGGAUGUUGUCCGGUUCUCAGCUGCGUCGGUCGAUUCGAUUUUUACGUCUGACGACAAACUGAAGUGGUGGCGGACCUCAGCUUCACCCGAGACCUUAAAGGGCGAGUUAGACAGACGGAUCAGGGUCAUGACCGAUACUUGGGUUUCAGACGCGUCACGGGUCGGCGAGUCAGGCCGGAGUAACGGUGCAGUGAGGAACCUGUUUGAACGAAACUGCAAUGCAGAAAUGCUCUGCUCAUGGUUCAUGCAGACGACCGAGACGCAAUCACUCACAAUCGUCAAAAAGACCAACACUCGUAAUUCCGGCGAGGUUUUCCAGUACAGCUCGGUUAGGUCAAGCAACAAAGCGAGCAUUUGCCCGAGCCCGCAGGCCGAGCGGCUCAGGAAGCACCUCAAGAAGUUUGCUAAAAUUGUCCCGAAGAGUCCAGCAAUGCUUCGGCAAGAGCAAGCGAGUCUCCACAACACGUGCAGGGGUUCGGCCAAACGGCAGCUGUUUUGCGUCCCGAAAAAAUCACAGUCCGAGACAUGGCGCACUUACAGAGUCACUCUGGACAGGGCAAGAUCACGAUUCAAAAUGAGGACCAGGAAAACGAAUGAAAAACCCAAAGAAAACGAAACAGGGUGCGAAGAUCUUAGUCAGUCUGCUGCCGGAUCCUUCACCCAGAAGGAUCCUCCUGCCUGGAGCACACACACACUGAAGGAGUGUAGUGUGUUUUUGAAAAAGUUAAACUCUGCAAACAAACUCCUGAUGUCUGAGAAGGGUACUGACUGUAGCGUGAGGUUAAGUGUGUCUAUGGAACAGCAGGAGCAAGAGAACAGCACAAGCAUUAAACCAGGGAAGAAAAGCAAUACACACUCUUCCUUGCCGAAGCAGUGUGAUGUCAACAGGAAACGGAAACUCUCCAGCACAAGUGAAUCUCCCCCGGCGCCUAGAAGGCAGCGAAGCAGCAGGGGGAUGAUGGCAGCCAAGUGGUCUGACUUCAUACUUGGUCCUGCCCGGUAACGACAGCGUUAAUCAAACACUCGGUGCCUUAAAAGAAUAGCCAGGAUAACAGUAAGAGUUUAUGUAGCAACAAUCUCUGACAACUUGCACUAUUUCACUGCAUUGUUUUUUGUUUUGCAUUUAUAUUGGUCAGCUCAUGACACGUUCACUUGCCUAGAGCUGUUUUUGCUGUUCUGCAAAGCAGCAAGUUCACUUUACUUUCCCAGAUGUAAAUGUAUCGGUACAAGAAAAUGUAUUUGAAGAGAUGCAUCUACUACAGUUACAAAUCAACACGUUUAACCAAGCAUUAAAAAUCACAGGUUCGUUUGUGUAUGUUUUGAAUCCACAGUGCCGUCCAGGUUCUCAAUGUUGCAAAAUCAUUUGGACUUACAUACUCUAUUCAAUUGGCAGCACGAAUUGUACCAUAAAACUACACAUGAAAUAUAUCUAAUGCUAAUAUGCAAAUUGUUACACCCCUUCAUGACAUUGUGGUAUAUGUUACAAGUGACAUAAGCCACAUGCAUCAUUUUAAACUUUAUUCUUUUGUCUUGGGUGGUGUCAACUAUCCAAACACUAUCACAGCAGCCAGUCAAUACAAAAGAAAAUUGACAGUUUAAAUACAUUUGUAAAGGUCAUAAAUUAUUUCUGCAAAUGUCCUUUUUCUGUGCCUAAAUUUAUGAAACAUUGUUUGCUCAAAAUAAAAAUAUGAAUGAAUUAAUUAAUUCCAAAGGCAGCUCCCAUUAGGGGUCAUCAGUUUUUAGGCCAAAGCUUUCUGGCGCAAACCUCUUAUUAAUCUGGGCUUGGGCCCGGCCAUAAUGGUGCUCUGAUAUGUGCCCGCUCCCCGAAUGACUAGGUUUACUUAACGCCAUGCGCCUUCUGUAUGUGUUCGCCCAGCCUGGGAUUUAAACUACUGGAACUCAGGCAUUGCUGGUACCAGCAGCAUGGCUCUUAACAUUAUUCCAAUGUUUAAUUAAGUAUUAAACAUGUGCUGGGUAAAAUAGUACAAACAACAACUAAACAACUAAUUUAGUGCUGUACAAAGACAGUUAAUAACAUGCAAUGUUGUGGCAUGGCCUCCUAAUGCUUUAUCAAUUGAUUGACUACAGCUGAUGACCUCUCUGAGCCUAUAAACACAGUUUCUUGUGUGGAGGGAAAAAAGUUAAUCUGUUACUUAAUGCUGAAAUUGGAUAGAUGGUCAGACAAAACACACUUGAGAUUAACAUAAACAUGGUCUCUAAGCUAUGCUAGCUGCCAUGCAAGAUCAGCAGUAACAAACUUCUGUUGAGCUUUAAGGUGCUGGUAUUAGAACAGGGGCGUUUGUUCUUGCGCAGCAGCCUCUAAGCCCAUGAUUUACAGACACUUGGUACGACACUUUGGGUUUCCCCCCAACCAUGACAAGAAAACACGUGCCUUUUUUACAUACCUUUUAAUGUGUGCAGUCAAUGUAGUACUAUAGACAGCAAAGUCAUAAGCUAUAGUCAAUCACAAUCACUACUGAGAACGUGAUAGGAUAGGCAAAGCAAAACGUCAUUACAGAACUACCUACAACACCAAAUUGAUAAUAUAAGUUGCUGUGUGUAUAUUUUUAACCCAGUAAAAAAACAACACAAACUGAUAUUUGCCCAAGGCUGCCAUGACAUAUUGUACACGUAGCAUUAAAUCUUCAGCUAGUCUUUUUGUAAAGUGUGUGAAUAGGUAGAUCAGUAAAGCAUUACCACAUGCGUUUUGUGUUGCACUACUUUCUGAAUGUAACCUUGUUGUCUUAAAUGCCACCACUCCUAUUUUAUUACCCAUCCCCUUUUCUCAAGAGUUAAAACUGUCAGUUUAUGUUAUUUAAUAUGUUGUUGUGAUAUCACUUUAUAGCAAAACAGAUUCAGGUAUAUCUGUUUAUAAUUUAAAUCCCUUAAUGAAGAGAGCUAGUUUAGCUACACUAGAUUACUAGUGCUUGAAGUUUCUGUUCUUUUUGCAGGUGAUUUCUAUUUGCAAUUUUAUAUAACAAACAUGAAGCAUUAAAGGGGCUUUGGGAUUAGUUUGAGACUGUUUGGUAGCAGGCUGUUUCUGUUGGGUUUAAGCAUUAUUGUUUUUGACUUGUCAAGUUACAGUGGAACUGAUGCUCUCCAUGGUGCUAAACACUGUACUGAGAUAUAAAUGUACCCAGUUAUCUUUUUUAAAUGUGAGCUGUAUCAAAUCAGAAAAAUAAAGGUGCUUCCUAAG